CUCAGGUCAGUGAUGGAUCAAAUCAAAUUCACCCGCUUCCUGCUCCUGCUGAGCUUGUCUGCAGCUUACGGGAAGUACGUCUAUGUCCCGCAGUGGGUGAGCUGGAGUGAAGCUCAGAACUACUGUCGGUUGUUUCACACCGACCUGGCUCCUGUCAACGACAGACAGGACACCGACCGACUUCAGAAGCUUGCCGGCGACAGCGAGAAUUUCUUGUGGACAGGGAUGGAGAGAAGCUCCACGAAUGGUGGGAAAUGGAUUUGGUCAGGCGGCAAGGAGGUGUCCACAUUUUUCUGGGCACCGGGCCAGCCUGAUAACCGACCGAGUGAAGACUACGGUGUGAUUCAAAUGUACGGGUGGCACGACGCGGUUCCGAGCUACAGAUUACCCUUCUUCUGCUACAGCGCCGUCGUGGUGAGGCAGAGGAAAACGUGGGAGGAGGCUCUGGCGCACUGCAGGGAGCAUCACAGCGACUUGGCCAGCGUGGCGUCGGAGACUGAGAUGCUGCUGAUCCGCAGACAGUUGGACAAGCUCGGCAGCACCGAUCACGUCUGGAUCGGUUUGCAUUUCUUCCCCGGCGGCUGGCAGUGGGUGGACGGUCGGCCGCUGGAUUACGAGGCCUGGGGUCAAGGGAACAAGCCUGCAUGCCCUCAAUUCCACCUGGGGUGUGCUGCCGUACAGGUGACGGGACGGGGACAGAUUAUCAGCAGUGCAGACCUAACUCUGGCCGUUAACGCCACAGAGGGAAUGGGGUCUGUGGGGAACACUGCAACAAAUAUUGGACUGGAUACGUCUGGAGCUGCAGGUGUGUGGGAGGCUCAUGACUGCGAGGAGAAACUCCAUUUCAUUUGCUACUGAGAGUUUAUCUAUUAAAUGUAUCUCACAUUUGGACUUUUUGGUUUGUUGUCAUGGGUACUGACUUUGCUCCGUCUUUUGCGCUCUUUUCUUUUCCUUUUUUUGGAUGUGAAUUUUAUUUUAUUUAUCCUUUUCUUUCUAAUAAACUGGUGAUGAACCAGGGUCAUAGUUGAAGUAACAAUAAAAAAAAAUACUCCUUCCUGUUAAAUACUUCCUGGCUUUUUUUCCACUUAUCCGUGACAUCUUUUUUCCCCCCCUUUUAUAAUCAAUAAAAUACAAACGAGAGGAAUUCAAGGUAAAAGUCGGUGUUAUGAGGAUAUGAGAGCGCCCCCGGCCUGCAGGCAGA